AUGGCUAACGUUAAUGUUGUUUCUUCAUUAAACCAUAGCCAAACUGGCAUUGAAGAAGGUGGAGAUGUUGUUGUGGUCAUGGUACCUUUUCUAGCACAAGGACAUCUCAAUCCGCUCCUCCAUCUCUCUCGCCUCGUUUCUUCCUACAAUUUACCGAUCUAUUAUCUUGGCUAUAGUGACAAAAUUAGUCUGGUCAAACGUCGUGUUCAUGGAUGGAAUCCUUUCACCACUUGUAAUAUUCAUUUCCAAGAAUUCCCAAAUCCACCAUCUCACGAACUUUCUCAUGAUCAAUUAUAUGGUUCAAAUAAAUCGUCUCAUCAAAUCGCGUCACGCUUCAUACUACCCAUACUUGAUGAGUCCCUUAUGUUGCGCGAGCCAGUAGGUGCAUUCUUACUAGAAAUUGCUAAAAAAACACGCAGAGUUGUGGUCAUAUAUGACUCUCUAAUGGCUAGUGUUGUGCAAGACAUAGUUUCUAUACCAAACGCUGAGGCCUUUUGUUUUAACGUCUCUUCUGCUUUUAUGAUUUGUUCCAUGUAUUUGGAAGAGGCGGUGAGACGAUUCCAUCUCCCUACAUUUGUUGGGAAAUUUAUUGGGAGAAUUCUACUCCCUAAUGGAUUUCAAUUUCCCAAUAAUAUCCCAUCUUUUCAAAAUUGUUUCAUACCAAAGUUUAUGGAUUUCAUUCUAAUGCAAGAUAGGGUCAACACCUUUUGCUCUGGAAACCUAUACUCAACAUGCAAGGCAGUUGAAGGACCUUAUCUCAAUGUUCUUUCAAAGUUCAAUAAGUUACUAAGAAAAGGAAAGCAAUGGGCUAUUGGUCCAUUACAUCCAAUUGCGCCUUUACCAUCUGCAUUGCCAUUAAAAGAGGAUGAUGAUCAAAACAUUAAUCGUCGUCACAAGUGUUUGAAAUGGCUGGACAAACAAGAACCAAACUCAGUAAUAUUGGUUUCAUUUGGAACAACAAGUUCAUUAUCUAGUGAGCAAAUCAAAGAGCUAGCUAUAGGGUUGGAAAAGAGUCAACAAAAGUUCAUUUGGAUAGUGAGGGAUGCUUUGUUAUUAAGAGAAGAUGAUCAACAAGUCCAAAUUCCUCAAGAUUAUGAAGAGAGAGUAGAAGGAACAGGAGUUGUGGUGAAAGAUUGGGCGCCUCAAUUAGAAAUCCUGGAACACUCAUCAACGGGAGGAUUCUUGAGUCAUUGUGGAUGGAAUUCUGUCUUAGAGAGCAUUACCUCGGGAGUUCCAUUAGCUACAUGGCCUAUGCUUUUUGACCAUCCAAGGAUCGCAGUGCUUGUGACAAAGGUGCUGAAAAUUGGCAUCGUUGUGAAGGAUUGGGAAAAACGCGAUGAGUUAAUUACAUCGACAACUGUUGAGACUGUUGUAAGAAAAUUGAUGGCUUCGGCAGAAGGAAAUGAGAUGAGGAUGAGGGUGAUAGAACUAAGUAAAAAAGUUAGACAAUCCAUGAUAGAUGGAGGGGAUUAUACUACGGAGAUGGAUUCUUUCAUAGCUCAUAUCACUAGGUGCUAA